CAUUAUUUUAGAGAUUUGUCAAACAAUAAACUUUCAUUACAAAACUGUGAGAUGUUUAAUGGGCUAAUCGAACUGGAAAAUCUCGACAUUUCAGACAACAACAUUGCGAAAAUUCCCAAGGGAUGUUUUAAAACUUUUAACAAAUUAAGAAAUCUCAAUAUUUCUCACAAUAAAAUAAAGAAAAUUGAUCGUCACACAUUUGAUGGACUAUGUAGUUUAGAAAUGUUAUCAUUCAAUAGCAAGGAAACAGAAGUCCAACUUCGUGAUAUUUUUACUUUAAGAAAUUUAAAGAUUGUUGAAAUGUCUUGUGAAAAUUGCUGCCCCUUUCUUUGUUUGAAUAAUAGUAUAACAUGUAACUGCAGUGGAGACCCGAGAAAGAAAUGCCCACGGAGGUUGUUGCAUAAAGAAGGUUAUCGUGUGUUUGUGUGGAUUACCGUUGUUCUCAUUUUUGUUGGCAAUAUUUUUGCUCUGAUAAUGAGGCUUCUUUUUGCCGAGUUACAUACAGUACAAAAUCUUUUUAUUUGCAAUUUAUGCCUGAGUGAUAUGUUGAUGGGAGUGUAUUUGGUUGGAAUAAUUUACAAAGAUCUGGCAACAUACGGUGAAUACCUUCAUCAUAAAUGUCUAUGGCCAAAGGAAACGACAUGUAAAGUUCUUGGAGCUAUCUCGAUUAUUUCAAGCGAGGUUUCGGUAUUUACACUAAUCUUUAUUGCAUACGACAGAUUUUUGUAUGUUGUUCAUGGUUUACAUCAUAAAAAGAUCCGAUACCGUACAGCAUUGGUACUUUUAUUGUUUACAUGGCUAAUAUCUGCUGCUAUUGGUGUUUUGUCUAUUUGUCUUCCUAAUUACAUACCCCAGUGUCAAGGAAGGAAACUUGAUUACCAGUUAUUCCGGAAGAUGUGUAUACCAGUGGAGUUCAAAGAGAAAAACACUGUUUUUUGGUAUUACAGUAUUGCAAUAUUUGGCUUUAUCAACCCUGCAGCAGCUGUGUGUCUGAUCAUUCUUUACAUGAGAAUAUUCUUUUCGUUUUACAUGACAUCAAGAGAUGCAGAAAAUCGAACGUAUGACCAUCGCGUUAUGGCAAAAAGAUUUGCUGCAAUUGUUUUCACAGAUGUCUGCUGCUGGAUUCCCGUUUCAACACUUUUUUAUAGAUGUCGAAAAAAUUAUCUUCUUCAAAUUAUUUAUGAUUUUUGUUGUGCCCAUUAA